AUUUCAUAUAUAAAAUUCACCGACUACUCACAUUUCAGGCCUAAAUGGCUCCAAUUUACGUUGUUGUCAAUCGCAAUAUUUGUAUUUUAUGUUGGUUACGGUUACAUGCAGGAGCUCAUAUUCAAACUUCCUGGAAUGAAGCCGUUUGGAAUGUACCUCACUCUAGUUCAAUUCAUUAUAUAUAGUAUCUGCGGAUGGGCAGAAGGGUCCAUGUAUCACGAAAGAAUUACUAUACAGUUAUCUGUUCUUCCUAUCGGUUUUCUGCUCAUUUAUUAUGAACAUGAAACGCAACCUAUCACAAGCAUGUUCUUUAGCUUAUCUUUGGAUUGUUUUAAUGCAAAUGUUUCUAGAAUACCUCUAGCAAUGUACUUUUUGCUGGCCUUCUUCACUGUGGGUACAAUGGGUCUUUCAAACGCGUCAGUUGGUUAUCUUAACUAUCCUACUCAGGUUAUCUUCAAAUGCUGCAAGCUUAUACCUGUCCUAAUAGGAGGAAUCAUUAUACAAGGGAAAAGAUAUGGGUGUUUGGAUGUCUCAGCGGCUGUGCUUAUGAGCAUUGGCUUAAUCAUGUUCACAUUGGCUGACAGCCAUGUUUCUCCGAAUUUCGAUUCGAGAGGUUAUUUGAUGAUCUCUGGAGCUCUUGUAGCAGAUGCUGUGAUAGGUAAUCUUCAAGAAAAAACCAUGAAAAAGUACAGCGGUUCUAGCAAUGAGAUGGUAAGCAAGCUGAAGUCUAGUUGCUUUGGUUAUCUUCUCAACAGGCUGGAUUUCAGGUUUUAUAUUCUUAUUCAAUCGGAUCUGUGUAUAUUUUCUUCAUCA